AAUUCCAUGACCUCUCCGCAGGAGUCAUUUCUUCUCUAUCGCACCGCCAAUCUGCCGCCGCCGCCCGCUACCGAAAAUGGCCGCAGCCUCCCAUCCCCCGCUGCCGGCGUAUCCUUCGUCAUCGAAGCAUCUCGAUCUCGACGUGACGGUGGUCUCCGCAAAGCACCUGAAGAACGUGAACUGGCGCCAUGGCGAUCUCAAGCCCUACGCCAUCUUCUGGGUCGACCCGGAGCGCCGAGUCGCCACCAAGUCGGACGAGUCCGGAUCCACCCGACCGGUCUGGAACGAGCAGUUCGUCGUCGCCCUCAGCCACGGGCUUCAGGACUCCGUCCUCACUCUGGAAAUCUUCCACUCCAAACCCUCUGAGGCUCCCCGGCCCUUAGUCGGUACCGUCCGGGUCGCCCUCAAGGACUUAUCCGACCCGGAAGAUUCCAACCUGAUUCGGACCUUUGAGGUCCGUCGUCCUUCCGGUAGGCCGCAAGGUAAGAUCCGGCUCAAGCUGUCUGUCAAAGAACGCUCUCCACCGCCUUUGCCAGAUUACCCAGUUACCCCUCCACUGAGCUAUCAUUACAACAAUGACACUGCCCCUCAUCCUCGCGAUUACAGAGGCUAUUUUCACUCCCAUUCGGCGCUCACCGGUUCUAUGCCACCUCCGCCGGCCCCGGCGGCCUUUUCGCCCCGGCCACCGCCGAUUCUGCCCGACCCUUAUCCAUACGUUGCGAUCACUCAUCCUUCAGUGGGGUACUACCCAGCAUACUACGCGCAGCUCCCUCAGCCGCCUAGGCCAUGGUCAUCGAGCUACGGUGGGCCGAGCGCGCCGGUGGAUUACGCGUCGUAUGAUCAGAAGCAGAGGACUGGAACUACAGCUGGGUAUAGAUCAAUGGGCGUUGGCGCGGUUUCUGGGGCGUUCGGAGGAUUAAGUUUGGAUGAAGGCGUGAAGCACGAGGAAGAGAAGUAUGGUGAUGGGGGCGAGAGCGACCUGGCUUCGCGGGAUGGUUACGGCGAUUAUCGCGGUGCUUAUGGAUAUAAUUGAUCUAUAGUGUUUCCGGUUUUGCCGUGAGGUAAGACGAAUUCGGUUAAUGUUCUUAUAACUAGCGUGGGAACUCUGUGUGGAUGUAUAUAACGUAUGGUGACUUGGAUUUUCAUUUAGAGCUUUUUAUGGUGGUUUGAUGAUCCAAGCAGAUAAAUAGUUCAUUGGUUGGCGCUCUUUCAUAUAUGUGAAUCUUCUGCUUAUUAAAUAAAUGCAGUUUUUUCCGUUCAA